AUGGCCUCAAGUGCUCCCCCGCCGCAGCCCGUGCCCGACGCCUCGUCCAGCCAGCCCGCCGACCCGCUCAGCCCCGCCAAGGAGAUCCCCGUGUUCGAGUUCACGAAGCGCAAGCGGUGGGCGGACCUCCUCGUCACCGAGCUCAACGACACCGUCAUCCUCGUCCUCUCCGAGACGUGCCAGGUCUGGUACUGCGGCAACGCGAUCACCGAGCUGCUGGGCUGGCGCGACGACGAGCUCGUGGACGGCGAUCUGAUCGAUCUUAUGAACGCGGACGACCGGGGCCCCUUCCGCGCGGCGUUCGCGGAGAGCAUCCGCACCAAGACGGACAUGCUCGCGUACGCGCGGCUGCAGUGCAAGAACGAGUUCUACGUGUCCGCGACCGACUACACCUCCGCCCCCAAGGAGGUCCUCUUCGAGCUCCGCGGGCGCCCGCACUACCUCCCGCACUCGGACGACUUCAAGUGCUACUUCGCCAUGGCGCAGCCCUACCCGAGCCGGAACACCGCCAUGCUGAACACGUUCCUCGAGCUCAAGAUGGAGAACGAGCGACUCCAGCAGCGCGUCGCGCAGCUCCGUGACCAGUCGCAGGCGCUCGGCGGCCCUUCCGACAACUUCUUCGCCUCUUCAGACAGCUUUGGCGCCCCGGAGGGUGCGAGGCCGAGCUUCGAGCUUGGGGGUUCAGGCCUUGGGCCAGACGCCGAGGACGACGGGCCUCGGAAGAAGCUGAAGCGUUCUGUGGCCGAUCAACACGUAUGCGUGACCUGCGGGAGGACGGAUUCGCCCGAAUGGCGCAAGGGUCCGAUGGGACCGAAGACACUAUGCAACGCAUGCGGCUUGCGGUGGGCGAAGAAGGCCCGCAAGAACGGCGAAGGCGAGGGGGAAGGCGAAGCCUCGCAGAGCGGCAGUUCCAAUAUCAUCUUUUAGACUCCUUGCGUCCCUCUUACUAGGGUAUACAUACCCUCAUUGGUUCUGUGUUGUAUCAUACAUCAUGACUUUUCCCUUUAGAGCAUUGGGUUUUCUUGGACCUUUUGACUUCGUAUAC